UAUCUGCAAUAACCUAAUAUCCAAACAGCUGAUAUUCCCGCUUAAGCGCAAACAAAAAAUCUGCAGUUAACUUCACGCUCGCGCACCAUUUAAGCGCAUGACUUUCAACGGUUGAAUUCGCAAAUCAUCCAAUCACUUAUCCCGUGUGAAUCAUUCCGUCGUCGCUGGUAGUAUCCACAAUGCAGUCGAGAAAGGAACCAAAAAAUGACCAACCGCAACAGCAAUUUGCUCACAGAUCGUGACCGAUUUCCCGGCGGCGGCGGGCAAGAGUGAAAGUGAAAUACCUUCUAAAGUGCGGUGGAGACACAGUACAUUAUACGCGCGCGUAACGUACGGCCGCCGUCAAUCUCCAUGAGCGGGCGAGCCUUGACCUCGCGGCUCGUACCGUGACGAUACAGCAUUCCGUCGUCCUCCCCAAUGUGCUCCUGAAACGGAGGAUAAGCUAUUACCAGACUAAGGCAUCAAAGUUUGUACGGAACUUGAACGUCUUGAAGAAGAAAGCUUCUGAAGCAGCAUGCCACCAACGGAAGCCACCAUUCCGCUAACGAACGAUGGCAAUCGGAUCGUAAAACCUUCGGUUACCAUCGUUCCCAAAGAGGCCAACCGACGCCAAGCGCAGUCGGCGGUAGCGGAACACGAAACGGUACCCGAUGAUGCAUCGACGCCAACGGCGAACGAGAAUGGCAAUUUACCGGCCGGCGAACAGCAACAACAACACCUUAGCUGGCUGGGCCGGCUUUCGUACCACGUGUCUAUUUCGAUCGGGCAGUUUUUCUACAGAUUGGGCCGAUUUAUAGCCAAUAACCCGUGGCGUACGAUCAUCGGCUCUUGGUUGGUGGUCGCCGUUUGCAGUUUGGGCUUCUUGCGAUUCCACCAGGAGAAAAGUCCCAUGAAGCUAUGGGUACCGCAAGACUCGAAGUUUCUGCACGACACCAACUGGGUGAUCGACAACUUCAAGGAAGGCAACCGGAUCGAAACGGUCAUGCUGACUGCACCGGAUGUGCUGACGCCGGAAGUACUGCGGAAGCUUGCCGAUAUUACGGAGGAAAUCGUGAACUUGACCGUUACCAACAGUCAUGGUAAAAGUUUUGGCUGGAACGAAGUUUGCUUCAAAGUUCCGCUGAUAGCAGAAUACACCGCUAAUGAACGCCGAAAACGGGAAGUCGCUGAAUCCUCAACAACCACGAAACGUCCCAAGAAGCAGAAGGCCUUUCUCACACCAAGUGUCGAUCUGCCGAGCUUCAUGUUCUGCCCAUUGAUCAACAGACUUCCGGUUGGUUGUCUGGAGCGUAGCAUUCUGGAACUUUGGAAGUUUGAUCGCGAGGUGAUCGGAAACCUCACCAAGGAACAGAUUGUCGAUAAACUGAACCGUACGACGAUCAGUCCCGUCACCGGUCACACGAUAGAUUUCUCCGAACUGCUCGGCGGAGUGCAGCGUGACUGGACCGGGCGGAUAGUGUCCGCAACGGCUCUGUACUCCAACUGGAUGGUACACGUCAACUACUCUGAGGUGGACUCGGACGUUAGUGGGAAUGCCGCCGGGACGGAGGAUUGGGUUACGGAGGAGGCCAUGCUUUGGGAGGGCAAGUUUUUGGAGCGGCUCGGGGAAAUUGGAAAUGACCUGGGCGACGAUGAGACGAAACUGUAUUACGCGGCGGGGCGCAGCUAUGGAGACAUCAGUGCCGAUUCGAUGUUCAAAGACAUUGACAAGUUGGUAUUUGGUGGAGUGAUCAUGUUUAUCUACAUGCAAUUGGUGCUAUCGAAGUUCAGCUGGACUGAAUUCAGGAUUAUACUGGGAUCCAUCGGUUUGCUGAGUGUCGGCAUGGGUUUCAUAGCUGGCAGUGGAAUCGUGUCAAUUUUGGGUGUAUCGUACGGUCCCGUUCACACGUGCCUGCCGUUCCUGCUGAUGGGACUUGGCGUGGACGAUAUGUUCGUUAUGAUGGCUUGCUACCGAAAGAUCCACGAAACCCAUGCAAAUCUACCGUUACCGGAACGGAUGGGGCUUAUGUUGAAGCAUGCUGGUGCCUCCAUUACUGUAACGUCCCUUACCGAUAUUGUAGCGUUUGCAGUUGGUUCAAUAACUGUACUACCCUCGCUGCAGUCGUUCUGCAUCUACGCCGCAUUUGGCGUAUUUAUGAUGUUCGUCUUUGUCAUCACGUUUUACGUUGCUAUAUUCACCUUAGAUGAGCGCAGGAUCGCUACCCGGAGAAACUCGUUCGUCCCAUGGAAGAUCCAUGACGAGAAGUCAACGCAAUUGUGGUGCCAAUACAAUCUGAUGCAUCGAUUCAUUAACUUCGUCUAUUCGAAAAUUAUUCUAACGAGUGUUGGAAAAACAUUGAUCAUAUUGGCAGUCAUCUGCAUGACGGGUCUGAACAUUCAAAGUUUGAUGAAACUUCGACAGAAGUUCGAUCCGAAUUGGUUUAUCCCGGAGGAAACCUACUUCAGCAAAUUUAUAGUGAAGAAUCGUGAACAGUAUCCUAACAAUGGAUACGAAGCAAUGCUACUGUUUGGCAACUACAACUACACCGCAGAGCUGCAGGAGCUGCUCAGGAUAACGCACGAGCUGGAGAAUAGAACCGAUAUUCUACACAGCGUGGACUCCUGGCUUGAACCGUUCCAAGACUAUGUUCACACUCACUAUGACAAAGACAUUGGCGAAGUAGUUCUCAGCGAAUCGGAUUUUCACUCUUACCUGUCCAAGUUUCUGUACAGUCACGAGGGCGGCCGGUAUCAAAUGAACUUCAAGUUCGCCACAAAGCUGAAGUGUGGCGCACCAGCUCCGAACAUAACCGUCACCACGAUCGAUUUCAAGUUCCGACCUUUCGGCGAACGUGAAGAAUACAUCCCGGCCAAGCACGCUGUCGAAGUCCUGCUCGCGGAAAGCCACUUCUCAACGAAAGCGCCGUUCAACACGCUCUGGGCAAAGGUCUUCGGCAACUGGGUUACCGAUGAGAUCAUCGAUACGGAAAUCUACCGAAACGUUGCCUUAGCUAUGGUUGGCGUAAUGUUCUGUUCAGCUGUGCUGAUCGUCAAUCCGCAGAUUUGCUUCUGGAUCUUCAUAUGCGUCCUGUUAACGCUGGUCAACGUCGGAGGCCUUAUGCAACGAUGGGGUCUUACUCUGGACAUAUGCUCCUGUAUUGCCCUUCAGCUAGCCGUUGGCCUUUGCGUAGAUUACGCAGCCCACAUCGGUCACACGUUCCUAACCAUCAGCCAUGGUAACCGAAAUCGACGCUCGCUAGAAACCGUACUACACAUAGGUGCUGCCGUACUCUACGGAGGAGGUUCAACCAUCCUAUCGCUCAGUGUUCUCUCUGGGUCACAAGCCUAUACCUAUCGUACCUUCUUCAAAAUAUUCCUUCUGGUUAUUUUACUUGGCCUGUUCCACGGACUUGUCCUUCUACCCGUUAUCCUCAGCCUAGUAGGACCUCCCCCAUACAGUGGCUUCAUAGAUGACCCCAAUAAGCUUCCCGAAGAUAUCGAGAAGGAAAUGCUACCGAUCGCAGACAACCAGAAGUGGCGCAUUGGUGAACUUGCCCAAAGCGAAGAAGAGAAACAACCAAUGAGGACAGAUCCCGUACUAUGAACGACACGUUUAGCUGAAAGCGUUCCAUGACUUAACUCGCAAAUCCACCGCUAAGCAACGGAUGGAUUGAACUAUUAACAGUAAUCAUUUAAACAAACACAAGGAAAUGCACAAAAACAAAACUUUUUGCAGUUUUACACACAAGCAACCGUAACUUUUCGAAUGAUCUUGCAACAAGUGCUGUUUUGUUUUUAACAUAGGCCACGUGAUGCCAUUGUGAUUCUAAUCCUGCUAAGGUUACAAAGUAUUUUUUUUUUUCGGACAGAGUCAUUACAUGUGUAAGUGAGGAAUAUGAAGGAUGGAUGGAAGAAGUAAAUUAAAAACAUUUGGAUUGUA